AUGACGAACGAGUUCUUGAUGACGGUCGGUCCCAAUCCCAGCAGUGGCUCGAGUAAGUCGGGAGCUUCGGUGGGAAUCUCCUGCGUCGCCCGUCCGCAUGGCCACUGUUUCUUCUCCAAUUGCUCGCACUUCUUCUCCAAUCACUUGAUUCCGGCGCUGAUUUUGGCCGGCGUCGCGGGCGCCACCAUUCGUUGCAUUCGAUUGGCCAGACGGUAAGUUGGGGGUAAAAUACGGGGCUGCUUUCUUUGCGAUUACUAUUAACAUAUCACGAGUUUGAAUUAAGGUUGAUACGGGUUUAAAAAUUCGAAAUUUUAGGUUUUCUUAAAAAAAAAUUAUUUUAUCAAGUUUUUUUCAGAGGCGGUGGUCAAGUGGACAAAAACAACAAUGCCGCUUCGUAG